AUGGGGAACACAUUGAGCUCUUGCCUCAAUCCCAUUCCCAGCCCCAAGCUGGGCCGGAGCUCAGGACCAACAGAGACAGACGACAAGUCUGAGGUUUCUGAGGAGAGGAUUAGAAACAAGGUGGCAGGAGCACCCUCACCCAAGCUGGGUCGGGGAGGCAGUGAGCUACACGGCCUGCAGCACCUCGUUGAACCAAAGAUGCCCAAAGAGCAAGAGAAGAGGAAGACUGAUGGUGUAAUUCAUACUAAGAUCAGUGAGCACGACAGGCAUGCACGGGAAAUACCAAGGAACCCCCCAUCCAGCAGGCAUGCCGACAGCCAGACAUGCAUUGAUGAGCAGGCCAACCAUGAGUUUUUUGAAAACCUAAGGAAACCAAGGAAAGUCACAUCUGUGCCAUCUUACUGGAUCACCCCCUUUGGCAAGCAUGAAGACAGCAAGCUGAGGCAGCUGACACCCGCCCCCCCAAUGGUGCCCCGCCCCUACCAUAGCACGCUAGACACCAGCAUCACAGGGGGGCCCCUGGAGCCUCCAAAGACCUUUAUACCAAAGACCCCCAUAAGCUCUGUUCGACCUGUACGUCCUUACCAGCCGCCAGUUCCUUUCUGCUACAAGGAGGAUCUGGGUCAAAGUUGCAAGACCACGAACAAGCUGCUACCUCAGUGUGGACCUGAACAGAAGCAGUUGGAUGGAGAGCUGGAGCCAAGGAAAAGCACAGAUGUUUUGGAAGGAGACACGCAGACCCUGGAAGUCUUCAUAGAUUAUAAUGAAAAUUUAAUAAAAUCUCUGGGGGAAUUACUGAGAGCCCUCAAAGAACUGAAAAAGCUGGUGAGAAGUGUUAAGAAUAACAUGAAUCGUGUUUGCCAUAAGACCACUGAAACGGCCGUCCUUCCUUCCGGAUGA